ACGUCACGGUGACGUAAAACCGCCUCCGUCCGCCGACUUAUUAAACAUGUCCGGGUUCUCUGCUGUACAAGCUCGGCGGCGUCACGGUGGAACCUCGCAUUAAAACUGAAGACUGGAAGAGCCGUCCUUUACUCCCUCACCGAGACCUGUGAACUUUACCUUCCUAGCGCUAACCUUUGACUACUAGCUUCACCCAGCCGUGUUGACUCGCUCAUUACAGCCGCUGAUAAGCAACUAAAGUCGGCCUUGGCGUCCGGACUCUCCCGGGGGAAGGGGGUGACUGACACUUUAGCCCGUGUUGACUUCCUCGGUUUGUUCGAGGUCAUCGGCUUCCAUCAGCGGCUCCUAGCAGACCUCCAGGAAUGAAGAGUCUGCCGUACUUCUGCCGGGGAGAAGUCAUUCGAGGCUUCGGGAGAGGGAGCAAGGAGCUGGGCAUUCCCACAGCCAACUUCCCGGACUCGGUGGUGGACAAUCUGCCGGCGGACAUCGGCACGGGCAUCUACUACGGCUGGGCCUGCGUGGGCAACGGCGACGUGUACAAAAUGGUGAUGAGCAUCGGCUGGAACCCGUACUACAAAAACACCAAAAAGUCCAUGGAGACUCAUGUCAUCCACAAGUUUAAGGAGGACUUCUACGGGGAGACCCUCAGUGUGGUCAUGGUGGGCUACAUCCGGCCAGAGAGAAGCUACAACUCACUGGAGGCGCUGAUCGCCGCCAUCAACGGCGACAUCGAGGAGGCCAAGGUCCAGCUGGAGCUGCCCGAGCACGUCAAGCUGAGGGAGGACAACUUCUUCACCAGCGGACAUCACUGCACCCCCACCGCCUCCUCUUCGUCCUCACAGACUAUCAUGAACGGACACUGAGAGCCGUUGCCAUGGCGACACGUGGAUGAAACAUGACUUAGUUUCCAGUUUUGUAUCGUUUUUCUUUUACGUGGCAACUAAAUGUAAUUCAAUGUUAAAUCUUCAACACAAGUCAGUGUAGUCAUUAUUGUGUAGAAUAACACACUAUGCAACACACUUGCUAUAAUUACUGGGUUUUGCAAAACUGGCCUGAGUGAAAGGUCACCCUCCUUCUUUACAGUUCAUCCAUUUGUUUGUUCCCGCCUGUGAGCGUUCAAAGAAUAAAGUCCACAAACAGACAUUUCGUAUUUAUAAUUUAUUGGGGGGGGAAAAAAAAGGUCCUACAAGAAACGCCAAUCAGAAAAGACUAGAUUUAAUUAUGACUUGUGAUUUUAUCGUGCUUGAAGAAUGUAAAUAUAUCAAAUACUUAGAAUGUAAUCUAUCCUGUGAAAUGUUUUUUUUCUGCCGAGUGAAGCGUCGUUUCCGCAUUAAAAGAACGACAACAAUAUUGACACCUGCAGUGUGUAUUCUGUAUAUAUUCAUCCAAUAAAUCAUUUGACCCAG